AUGAUGCCGAAGGAGGCGAUACCGCUUCUUAGCGCUAUCAAGAUUCCUGAACCGACUCCUCGUCCUACGCGGUUUAUGACUAAGUCUGAUGGGCCACAAAGAGUCAAGUGCGAUGACGUCUCUACAAUGGAUGGUGCUGGAGAGAACGCCGGGAAUGACGGCGGAAACGGCGGAGCAGUGAAGGAGGAUGAGGGGGGUAAGCAGUGGUCCGACGUGGAUUUGAAGGACGAAGGAGAUGCGCUGCAACAGGAAGGAACCAAAGCGGAAAUUGCGUUGAACGUUGAAAAUCCAGUGGGUGCUGAGGUGGUAGAGCUACACGCUGCUGGCGUGAAUGUCGCUGCGGCAGAGGCUGGUUCGGACGCUGCAGCAGAAGGACCAGAGCCGGAAGUGGAGGUUCAGCCUGUAGCGGAACAAGUCGAACAAGGUUCCAAGUCUGCAUCGUCAGGAGCGAGGAUUCACGGCAUGCAGACUAGGGCUAUGGCGUCGGCCUCGCACGCGGGAAAUAGCAACCCUCUGCCACCCCUCAGUGGUUCUGCGAGUAAGAGGAGCCGCGAGGAAGAGGAAACGGAUGGGAUUAUCACGGCCGUUUUGCCGGUCGAGGAGAUGCUUCCGUCUCCGUCAGAGAGUGGCGGUUUUCCGAAGAAGAAGCUCUGGGAUCAGCUGAGGAGCAUGCGAAUCAGCACGCCCCGCUCGACCCGCGCAAAAUCAAGGGUUUCGAAGGCUCCUCCCAGCAGUCGCCCUACAGGGCUCACAGUUCCGCAGCCGUUCAAUCUCCGAACGGACGUCAGAAGCCGCCCAGGAGAAGCGAAGCUGAAAAACGAUGUGCGUCACUCUCAAACGUACUGCUUAUACUGUUCGUCCUUACCUACUCUCAGGGCACAGCCCUUCGUCUCCCUUGCCCAGAGCGUGCAAGCCUUCGCUCGCUCAAGCCGAUCGUCAGAUGCGGAGGUACGCAACACGACGCAGCUGGCAAUGUAUCUGCUCCACGUAUUUCCUUCCCCGUCAGAUUUUCCUCCUGCUCUCACAAGCUAUCUAAUGAGCUCUUCUGCCUCUGUUUCUCUCUGCCGUUCCCUCUGCCAGGCUGGUACUGCGCAUAAGUCUCGCCCGGGAGUCUCCGCAGUUCCUGCAGCAGCAGCAGCAGCAGAGCCUCAUCUUACGGUGCCCCAGCCGUUCGUUUUCAACACGGAGAAGAGGCGUGGCUCUCAGAAUGAGAAGAUAAAGGAGGUGAAACCGUUUGUGUCCCUCGCUCAGAGCGUCAGCAUGUUUGGCAUCAGGAGCAACCGAUCAUCAGAGGUUGAGUCAAGCUCACACAUGAGCGGAACCACACACGAGCUGGGCCUGACCAUACCUGAACCGUUUGACUUCAAGACAGACAGGCGCCUGCGACCAAAAGACGAGCAGUUGAAGAAAGAAGCCAAGCCAUUUGUGUCCCUCGCUCAGAGCGUCAGCACGUUCAGCGCCAGGAACGAUCAUCGAUCGUCAGAGACAGAGCACAAAGUGCAUGAGAGUGGGCCUUCCCAUGGGGCUACUCUAACCGUACCUGAGCCGUUUGACUUCAAGACUGACAGGCGCCUGCGACCCAAGGACGAGCAGCUAAAGAAGGAAGCCAAGCCGUUUGUCUCUCUUGCUGAGAGCGUGAGCAUGUUUGGCGCCAGGAGCAGCCGGUCAUCAGCUGGAACAGAGUCCCAAGCGCAUGAUGGUGGGCCUUCCCACGGGGCUGCUCUAACCAUACCUGAACCGUUUGACCUGAAGACGGACCGGCGCCAGCGACCCAAGGACGAGCAGCUGAAGAAGGAAGCCAAGCCGUUCGUCUCCCUCGCCCAGGAACUCAGCGCCUUCUCAGCACACAUGAGGCCGGCCGGGGAGGCUCCUAGUGCUCCUGCUGCCGCCUCCUCUGGUGCUUCGGAUGCUCCCCGUGUGACCAAGCCUGUGACGCCGAAGCUGCUGACGGCGCAGAGGGAGCGGCCGAGGAGGUUCAGGGUGCUGCAGGAAGGGGAGGCUGCUGGCUGUGGGGUCACGACCCGGUCUGCUUCAAAGAGGGGAGCGACAGCUGCACCCGCUGCUGGUGGAGCUGGUGGUGAUGCGGCUGGUCCGAGGCUUCCCACAGUGCCUUGCUCCCCCAUGCUGACCACCAAGCUGCGUGCACGAGUAGCCAAGGUGAAGAGCAGUGAGGAGAGGGAGCUGGAGGAGAUGGCGACUGCGGCUAAGCGCAUGCAUACCGGCAUGCACGGCAGCUCGGAGGUACUUGGGGCAGUCUUUCAUGCAUCCUAA